UGUCUCCAUCGCCACACAGCUGCCAGGUUGUGCCACUUUUUCAGGUCCUCCUCACACACUGCUGGAGUGUGUUCCAAUUUUGUUGACAUAGGGUGCUGGCCAGAUUACAGGCCUCCCCAUAGCUGCUGCCAGGGCGCCCUAAAUCUGCCAGCACCCUAUGACAAAAUGGAACCCACCAGCAGUGUGAGGAGACCUGAAAGUGGCACAUGGCAGAGUGUGGCGAUGGAGACAGCAGCAAUGGGAGGCCGUACAGGGACCCAUGACACACUCUGGACCUGGCAGCAGCAU